AUGUCUAAUUCGGUGGAUGGAAAACGGACGAUUGUUUUCAACUCAUCCAAGAAUGAACUAUUCAAACUACACGAGAAUUACAAAUCUUUUCAAAGGAAGCUGAAAAUAUAUUGGAAAAUCGUAGUGAAUAAGGAAGCUAUUAACGUGGAUAUUCUGAAGAACUGUUCUCUGCUAAUACUGCCAGGAUCGCAAGCUCAAUUUGGCGAAGAUGAAAUUACUGCUAUGAAGAAUUUCUUGAACCAAGGUGGUCGUAUGCUUGUGCUCUUAGCCGAGGGCAAUCCAGAAGACACCUGUAACAUAAAUAUUUUGCUUGAAGAAGUUGGGAUUACACCUAAUAUAGAUACUUUGAUCAGGACACACUACUAUAAAUAUUUCCACCCGAAGGAGUGCUACAUAUCCGACGGCAUCACUAAUGCGACCAUAAAUCCAGAAAAACUGGAUUUGCGUUUAGUUUAUCCGUAUGGAUGCACGAUGAACGUUAGCAAACCGAGCUCGGUGGCUUUCAGCAGCGGAUCAGCAACUUUCCCGGUUGAUAGGCCUCUGGGGGCUCUGCAUUAUAAUCAGGACAGCGGUGGAAGAAUAAUAGCGGUGGGAUCGGGUUACAUGUUCAGUGAUAAAUACAUUGAUCAGGAGAAUAACGAUAAGUUUCGAGAGAUGCUGUUCGAAUUCUUGACCGGAAAGAAGGAUCUGAAGAUCGCGCCUUGCGAUCACGAUGAUUUAGAUACAUGGGAUUAUCACAUCGUUCCCAAUACUUCUGAAUUAGCGGAGAGGCCCAAAUUGUGUUUAACUGAUGCCAUCACCCACAAUGUUUCCGUUGACUACAACAAAUUGUUCGACCAUAAAACAUACUCAAUGAAUACUAGUUCGGUUCCAGAAGCGUUAAAACUCUACGAUAAAUUGGGCGUGAAGCAUCUACCCUUAAAGGUGAUAAGUCCGAAUUUCGAGGCGCCUCUGCCUCCCCUUCAAGCAGCCGUAUUUCCGCCGUCGUUCAGGGAGCUUCCGCCGCCUCCGCUCGAGCUUUACGAUCUAGACGAGGCCUUCAGCUCGGUAUUCUCGAAGCUCGCCCAAUUCACCAACAAAUAUUUAAUGUCCGGGGGUGGCAACGGUCCCGCCGACAAGGAGCUGGAGUUCUACGUGACCGAAUGCGCCAAACUCGUCCGACUCGACGUCGAGCACACCGAUCCCAAACAGAUCCUGUACACCUUGGGCGUCCAAUGUGCCCAGUUCAAAAGCAUAGACACGAUCAAAUAA